UGAAUGGUCAGUUCCAAUACUAAUCAAGUGUUUUAUUAAUGCAGUGACAUGUGCAGAAGAAACAUAAUAUUCAUAAAUACACAGAGAAAAAAGAAGAUAUCAGGAAUUCGUAUUUAAAACUAGACUCUUGAUUAAUCCAAAAACAGAGAUUAAGUGGGUGUCACGUCGCCAGCAAACAAGUAAAGAUUUACGGUUCAGUUGAUUUUGGGUGAUGUAACUUAAUGCGUAUUUUGAUUGACUUUCAUCGACGAAGUUUUUCGAAAAUAUUGAGUCUGCUUGUAGUAAUCCAAUAAAAUGACUUUCAUCGUUUACAUCGAAAAACAUUUAAAUGGACUAGGUAAACACGAGUCAAAUUUAACAAGAACCAAAUGUUCGGACUUUAAAACAUAUUUUCAUUAAAUUUAAAAGUAAAACGUUUUUUUUCUCCGUGUGUGUGUUAAAAAUAACAUUCGCUGAUCUCUACUAUACGGUCGACGCAAACUCCAUGUUAUUCUCCAAUUGACAAUAAUUUAGUUUAGUUCUUGGUAUAGAGCUGACAUCAAGUGAAAAAUAAAAAACGAACCAGGAAAGCAGUAAUUUUAGUGAAAAUUGUUUCAAUUUAAGGAAGACAUUCGUCUAUUCGUGACAUUCAUCUACAUAAUCUGUACGACGAACGACAAACAAAAUGAUAGUGAAACAAAGACGGUUGAUCGUGUGUACGAUUUCUAUAAUUUUCCUUUUAAUUGUACAACAUUGUGACGCAGCAAGGAGCAGUGGUUCUAGAAAGUCAUCGUCUGGUCGUGGAUCGACAUCGGGUCGUGGAACAUCAACGGGUAAUAGUGGAAAUAGUGGUAGCAGUGGCAGUUGGUGGUCACGAGUAACUGGCGGUGGAUCGAGUUCAUCAUCGUCCAAGGUCAGUUCAUCUGCAACGCAAAAGAAACCCGAACCGAGUGCACCGCGAUACGAAGAGAAGAAACCUAUCGGAUGGAAUGUGCAAGGCGUUAACAAUAAUCCAGGUGCACCGCCACCAUAUUCCAAUACUCACACUAAGGGUUUGUCGAAUCCUAGUUUGCAAAAUGCACCACCGUAUUCGAAAAACAGUCCGCCUGGACAUCAGACUAUUCAAUCGAACAAUAAUCCGAAUCAAUAUCAAGGCUUAAAUUAUCCAAGAAAUACAGGGCAACAGUCGGCUGGCUAUCCGGUACAGUCGAAUGUGCAGGGUCAAUAUCCAGGAAUAAAUUAUCCAAAGAAUGCGGGACAACAACAGUCCGGAUAUCCUGGCGGUGCUUAUCAAGGUGGACACUAUCCAAAUCAAGGAGGACAUUAUCCUAAUCAAGGAGGAUAUUACCCGAAUCAAGGAGGAUAUCAUCCCAAUCAAGGUGGACAUUAUUCUGGAAUGAAUUAUGGUGGUGGUGCUUAUCCCGGCUAUUCGGGGUAUAGUCCAGCAGCUCCGAAUGGUUAUUUUGCUAGUGGGUAUCCUGUCGGCAUAGUAUCUGGUAACAGUGGACGCUCCGGUUCGGGGAGCACUCUGACAAAUGCGUUACUAGCUGGAACUGUUGGACUUGGUCUCUACAAUGCUAUUCGACCAUAUCCGUCAUAUUCGGGUAGCAAUUAUGGAGGUUAUGGUGGUGGUGCUGGUGGUGGUUCGACUAUUCACAAUCAUUACUACAACAAUCAAGCUCCGGGAUCCAAUCCAAAUUCUGCACAGGCCCCAGUACAAGCUCCUGCGCAAGCUCCAGCUCAAGCAACACCAUCUAAUCAGAAUACGAACGUAGAUCAAACACCGCUUGCACCGAUGCCUGGUCAGGUUGGCAUUCCGCUUGCAAAUAACAAUUCAGGAGACCCCACAAAUGCUUUGGUUACUCCCCCACCACCAACGCUAGCUCCAAACGAGAAAAUUACCGAUCUGGACUGUGUCUAUGCCAUGAAAAUUUUGAACUGCUCAGAGAUUCCUCAAUGUCCUCAAGAGUGGCUGCACCCGUCGUGCUUAAACCGAACUAUAUCCAAGGAAUACUUUGAUAGUAUAACAUUACCACCGCCUCCAUCGCCGCCACCGAUGCCAGAAGCGAGUCAAAUUCCACCAGAAAAAUUAGCUGAUCCACGUGAUAUGACCGACUUGCGUCAAAAUAAAAAUGAAGAUCGAAAUUCGAAUGUGUAUUCGGCAAAUAGUCAACAGAUGCCGAUUGUUUCCCCCUCAAGUUCUUCAAGUAGAGCAUCAGCCACCGGAUGCUCGUUGUGUUUCGUAAUAUUUUUCGGAAUGGCAGCAUUGAAGAGUGCAUUGCAAUUAAAGUUCUAGAGGAUUGGUGCAUGUGAUAUUUUUAGUAUUAGUCUCAAACGUUAGCUCUCUGAUCAAAUCAAUUUUGAUUCACACCCUUUUUGUGUAUUAACCAUCAAAUCCACCAAAUCAAACAAGUAAAUCACUCAGACUUCUACACCUACAGUAUACAUGUGUGUGUGUAGUAGGAUUCCUGGCUUUUUAUGUACUCCACUUUAACAAUUUUUGAGGUUAUUUUGGCCACUUCUACACAAGAAAAAAUUAGAAAAUUUUAUGUAACUAUUAAAGAAAUGGAUGGAAUAAAUGGAUUUUAUUUUUCAAUAAUUUUA